CGCGGAAACCCGGAUCCUGGUCGCGCGGAGCAUCAGCCACGUCACCGAUCAGCGGCGCGAGCGCACGCACCAUCACAGGGACUUUGCAGUAAAUUGUCGCGGAUUCUGUUGCGCACAUCUACUAAGAGCUUUCUGCCCGCAACCGGGUGACGCUGAGCAGCAGAACGAGAUUUUUUUUAUUAUUAUUAUUAUUACUAUUAUUCCAGCGGAGCGACCAUCUGAUCUGAGGAUAGCUGCAAAACUCUUUAAACCCGGCGCUGGUUACUGAUCUAUAACAUGAAUAUCUUCCGACUGUCUGGAGAUGUUUGUCAUCUGGUCGCCAUCAUUAUUCUGUUCCUGAAGAUCUGGAGGUCUAAAUCAUGCGCAGGUAUUUCUGGGAAGUCUCAGGUGCUGUUUGCACUGGUCUUCACCACUAGAUACCUGGACCUGUUCACGUCCUUCAUCUCCAUCUACAACACCGUCAUGAAGGUGGUGUAUCUGGUCCUGGCGUACGCCACCGUCAGCCUCAUCUACUUCCGCUUCAGGAACUCGUACGACUCCGAGAGCGACUCGUUCCGUGUGGAGUUCCUGCUGGUGCCGGUGGCCGGCCUGUCGUUCCUGGAGAACUACGCCUUCACGCCGCUGGAGAUCCUGUGGACGUUCUCCAUCUAUCUGGAGUCGGUGGCCAUCCUGCCGCAGCUCUUCAUGAUCACUAAGACGGGCGAGGCCGAGUCCAUCACCACACACUACCUGUUCUUCCUGGGCCUGUACCGCGCGCUGUACCUCGCUAACUGGGUGUGGCGCUAUCACGUGGAGGGAUUCUUCGACCAGAUCGCCGUGGUGUCCGGCGUUGUCCAGACCAUCUUCUACUGCGACUUCUUCUACCUGUACUUCACCAGAGUGCUGAGAGGAAGCGGUAAGAUGAGUUUGCCGAUGCCGGUGUGAGUCGUUGGACCAGGCCCCGCCCCUGCAUUAGGCCACACCCAGUCGUGACAUCAUCACCGGCCGCUGCUGUAGUUCCUGUGUUGAGCUGCAGGCGUGGUCGGUGUAAUCGUGCCUUACAGUGAUCAGAUCUGCUGGACGUGUCUCGUCUUUGAUGCCUUAAUGUGUUUCUGUUCAUAAAGACAAUGUUGUGUGUGUGUGUGUGUGUGUGUGUGUGUGUGUGUGUGUGUGAACACAUUCUGUAGUUCAUAGUUUGCUUUUCUCAUUUAUUCUCUUUUAUUCUUGUUUUUCUGUUCUGUAGUACAUGGUUUUGUUCUCGACUAUAGUUUUUCAUUCUGUAAAGGGAAGUUUGAUUUAAGUGUUCUUGUGCCAAUGUACCCAGAAGAUCAUGAAUGUUUGUAUAAACCACAUUUCAUACCAAGAAUGACAUUAAACAGAUGUCUGGCAAUAGCAUAACGAUUUUUUUAAUGAAGACGGGCAGUUCGUCUGCCCUGGUUUUUAUAAAGCAUGCCAAUAAAGAGUUUCUGUCUCUGAGCGCAGAAACACUUCAAACCA